UCCCAAAAUGUUAUGAAUGAGAACAAAGCAUAAAGAGAGGCACGCCCUGGAAUUUGGUUGGACGCCGGAGAUUCGGAAGGCGUGGUUAUGCAGAGCAGGUGACAGGCGUGAGCCACGCGCACCGCUGAAUGCUGAAGAGGUUUCAGAGAAGCGUGGCGUCACCGUGAGGAACUAAGAGGCUGAUCUACUGGCAGAAGAGGUUGCAUGAGUCGUGGAUCGAGCUCUCAGAAGGCACGCUUAAUUUUCUGCGCUCCGCAAGCGGACUGUGUACUUUUUCUAUUUUUUUUUUGCCCCGGUUCCAGUCGCACCACCGCGCAUUCUGGCAGUCAGCAUCGCAUGGUGUUCGGGUUUCCGGCUGUGCGCGCGCGGCUCUGACGGGGACGCUCUCACCGGUGCGCUGAUGGAGGGACAGGGACAGGGACAGAUCAGCCGCUGUAAGAUAGUGGUGGUCGGGGACACUCAGUGCGGCAAAACGGCUCUACUGCACGUGUUCGCCAAAGACAAUUAUCCCGAGAGCUAUGUACCUACGGUGUUUGAAAACUACACGGCAAGCUUUGAGAUCGACAAACACCGGAUUGAGCUGAACAUGUGGGAUACGUCAGGCUCUUCAUACUAUGAUAACGUGCGGCCCCUGGCGUACCCAGACUCCGAUGCGGUUCUCAUCUGUUUCGACAUCAGCAGGCCUGAGACUCUGGACAGUGUACCAAAGAAGUGGCAGGCUGAAGCUCAGGAGUACUGUCCCAGUGCUAAGCUAGUUCUAGUGGGCUGUAAGCUCGACAUGAGGACAGACGUCAGCACCUUGCGAGAACUGUCCAAACAGCGCCUCAUACCAGUCACGCAUGAGCAGGGCAGUCUGCGGGCACGGGAGCUCGGUGCUGUGGCGUAUGUCGAGUGUUCGUCACGUAUGUGCGUAAACAGUGUGCGAGACGUCUUUCACAUCACCACUCUUGCCUCCGUCAGACGCCCCGCCCCCGGUCUCAAACGCAGCUCCUCUCGCCGCACCCUCAAACGCAUCUCCCAUCAGCCCCUGCUGCCGAUCAACUCCCGCACAACACCAAUCGAACCCUCCUCUACACUUAGGAAGGACAGAGCCAAGAGCUGCAACAUCAUGUAGAAAAAAAAUUAAACAAACACAGAAACAAACAAACACAGCUGUGUUCUGAGAUCGCCGUUCUAAAACUGAAUUUCUCACAGCUGUGGCCUGUUAUGAAAUUACAAUUAUAUGCUUGUACAAAUGUGCUAAUGAAUGCCACAAAGGACUAUUUAUUAAAGUUGUUGUUUAUUAUUUUGUCACUGAAAAAACAGUGCAAGAAUACAGAAAUUAUAUGAGAGAUAUAUAUAAAAAUAUAUAAAAUGUG